AUGCGCUUGGUUCUGCCCGGACCGACCGGGCAACCCGGGGUGGGUUGGGGGGGGCGGGGCCAGAAUGCGACGUUCGCAGGGGUCUCUAACACGGUGAAGGCAAGUGGGGAGUACCAUUGCUUCCCACGUGUCGUGGAGAUGCACCUCCGUGGGCCUCUAGCUCUUGGCUUAAGCAAGCUCAUUCAGCUCACCGGAGUGUAUUCCGCGCCCUUCCGUGUACCACAUGUGGCUCUCCGCCACGAGCAUGCCAGCUCGACGCAGAGGUAUCCAACCUCCGUUUUCACCGAGGCUCGUACUCGAACGGAGUACUUUACGCUAAUGUACUCUACGGAAUACGGGAUGAGGUACCUUAUGGACAAUACACGUGCUUUGCACGUAAGAGGAGAGUACAUGCGGCCACGAAACUCCCAAGGUACAUUAAUAGUACACAAACUGGUGGACCCGACACACGACUGGCUUCCACGCCGUCGGUGA